AUGUCGACCUCAGACCAGCCCGAGAGCGGCUUCAACUCUCUGCCGUUACUAUGGGAGCGACGGUCAACAUCCUCUCGUCCGAUCGUUGUCAAGUCUAGGAAUGGAAAGCCGAAAAAACUUCCGCCAAUGGAUGCGUUCUCGUUCAAGAGCUUCAUGGCCGAAAUGGAUGCCCAGGGUGGCAAUAAUAUAGGAGCGGACCUUGACCGUAUUGCCGAAAUAUGUGCACGAUCCCGGUACUCGCUGAGUAACCAGUACGAGGUUCACAUGGCACCCCACGGCUCAGGUGCUUCCCUCAUCUCCCCGACGGGCGGACUGCCGGCACCUUCCCCGGGCCCCGUGUCGAAGCGGAGGGACAAUGGCUCCUACACUUCGGGUCAAAGUGCUAGAGCAGGUCCUACGUUGCAGGCCAUUGUCCCUGAUGAAAACGAAAGUGGUGCUCGAAGGAGGCGGAGAGUACCAGGGACUGGAGGGAGGAGGACCAAAAGUAUUGCAUACGGGACUUUGGAGACGAUUAUGUCCUCUAGCCGCUCGUCAGAAGAGGACAAGUCAUCGAAAAAGCCAGCCGCAGAAUUAGCCGGAGAAGUCCGUGGAAGGUUCGAAAAACGGCACAGUAACUUGGGAUUCUCUGAACAUGGUGCAGGGUCAAGCGCUACUACCACUACGAAUCAUCAAAAUGAGCACAUAGCGAGUGACCAUGGCUUGGACAUGGGUGAUGACCAACAAAAGUCCGGGGAAACCGCCACGGCCUCAGUAGCAGCCGCAAAGCUGGCAAGGAAGAAAUCAGCAUCCUUUGCCACAGCAGUCAUGGACAGUCACAGCAGAAGCAGCGCCGGACAACUCCAGCGGUAUGAGAGUACAUCUGCACUAGUCAGCGAGCCAGCCCUUCCACAGACAUCCGACAGCCAUCUAGGAGUAAGGACCGCAGCCGCUCCCUCCGCCGUUAGCGAUAACUCCAUCAUCGUCACCAGGCCCUCGAAUCUUACGCGCUCUGCCAGUGAUCUGCCAUACCGGACUUCGAGGAAGAAGGAGUAUGGGGCUGCUGUCUCUUCGUCUGCUUCGACGAGGGCGAGCUGGAAUGCUUGGAUUCCGUGGAAGGGGGGCAAUGGUGGCGCUCCUGGACCACAACAACAGCAUGAACAGCAUGAGCAGGCUGUGAGGAGUGAGGCGGAGGAGUUGACACCGUCAAUGGGUGCGAGUUUGACAGAACCUCGAAGGACGGUCAGUCAUGCGGAAGGGAGUCUGAGGCACAUUCUUAGGUCUCGGUGA